GUUGACAGAGUCAGACUUCACUGAACCACUCCCUGACAAAGCAAACAUGUCUAAAUACGCUGUGCUUGAGCCAGACGAACCAGACCUCAGGAUGGUUCUAGUUGGAAAAACUGGAUCUGGUAAAAGUGCAUCAGGAAACACCAUCUUAGGAGGAAGAUCUUUUAAAGCAAAGGUGUGUGUUUCUGGCAUACCUUUAGAGUGUCAGAAAGAAACAACCUUGUUUGAUGGUCAGAUCCUGGCUGUGGUUGAUACUCCAGGUCUGUUUGACACCAGAUUAUCUGAAGAUGAAGUGAAGAGAGAGGUUGGUAGAUGCAUCUCUUUCUCUGCUCCUGGUCCUCAUGUGUUCCUGGUGGUGAUCAGUCCAAUCAGAUUCACAGAAGAAGAACAGAAAACAGUGAAAAUCAUCAAGGAGAUCUUUGGAGAAGAAGCAGCUCGUUACACGAUGGUCUUGUUCACUCAUGGAGACGAUCUGGAGGCAGAUGGAGACUCUAUGGAAGAUGUGAUUAAAGGAAACAAAGCUCUCAGUGACUUCAUCAGUGAGUGUGAAGGAAGAUUUCAUGUGUUCAACAACAGAGAUAAAGAUCCAUCUCAGGUCAAAGAUCUGCUGAAGAAGAUCAACAAAAUGGUUCAGAGAAAUGGAGGAAGAUACUACACCAAUGAGAUGUUCAGAGAAGCUGAGAAAGCCAUAAGAGAAGAGAUGGAAAAACUACAGGAGGAAAAUCCAAACAUGACACCUGAAGAAGCAAGAAGACGAGCUGAGAGAGACAACAGGUUCAUCAAGCUCUUUAUGAGUGCUACUGGAGCUGCUGGAGUUGCUGGAGCUGCUGCUGGAAUUGGAAUUGGAAUUGGAAUAGAAGUUGCUGUUGGAGCCACUUUUGGACUCGUUGGGGGUCCAGUUGGAGCUGCAGUGGGGGCUACAGUAGUAGCAGUUAACAAAAAGGAAUGUGUUAUUCAGUGAUUUCCAUCGUUAAUUAUCCAUCAGCUGCAGAUUUUCUAUGUAACAAUCAUAUAUAUUAUUGAUCAUGUGCUGAAUGUGAAUCUUAACCCAGUCAAUGUGUCAUUGCAUAUUAUGUUCUUAUGUUAUGUUAUUCUCCAAAGCUUUAUUAAUCCAACAUAAUUAUUAUUGAUUAAAGGUGAUUUCUUGUUCUGUCAGAGGAAGAUUUAAAAAAGGAUUUUAGCAAACAUGUUAGACUGCGAAUGAUAAUAAGUUGGAUGUGAUGUUCUGGGUGGGAAAGUCUGGUCGACAUCCAUAGGAUCUUCAGGAUUGAAAGAAGAUCCUGUAAGAGCAGAAAGAUGCACUGAACUGGAACAGAGAGAAACUCUGGAGAGUCCUGGUAUCUCUUAAUAAACCAUGGAGCUGUUCAUCAGGGAAGACAUCAAGCUCAGAGACCAGGACCACAUGUCCAACAACAGACAUGACCGAGUCAGGACCACAUAUGCUGACGGAGAUAGAAGAAGAAAGAAGAUCUCCACUUCUUCUUUACCCUCAGAGAGAGGAACGAAAUGAUAGAAGGGUCAUGGAUGAGAGGAGAGAUAUUUAGGGACUUUUAUUAGUGUCCUUCAAGCAGCUGUUCGAUGGUUUAUAUAUUAUCAAUGUACAUAGUGAUGUUAUGUUCUAUAUGGUCUGUUAUUUCAAGGUAAAACAUCACAAAACACUAAAAUUUCUGUUCCUUGUUCA